GUCUGUCCUCCACGAGCAUCCAUUCGACUGCAUAAACUUCUUCGGAAGUCUGACUCUGAGAAUAUGGUUCUGAUUCCUGCCUGCAUGCCUAAGAUCUUUACAAACCGUAGUAUAUGGUACAACUGGUGACCGGUGACUCCCUAAACAUGAGUGGGAAGACGAACCGGCGCGUUUUUCUGCAGCCGCUCUACAGGAAUUUAGUAGACUGUCUUUCGUCAAUGGAGGCUUAAACUAACAUGGAUUCAUCCGAUGUUGCUGCUGUACAGCUUAUUCAAAUGCUAGAGGGCUUCCGCACUAUUUUGCUUUGCAUUACAAUAGCAAACUUGGAACACGAACACACAAGUUAAGGUUGGCUUGAAAUCCUACCAGUAUAGUGUAUGGCGUAGAGACUUAGAUCUGUAACUGAUAUACGUUUAUUUUCGCCAGGACAGUCAUAAUACUCCUGUAAUCGGAAGGUUCGCUUCUUUGUUCUUCGCCACUCAGCCGCCGGUACGCAAUGGGCAGGUGGCCGGCAGCAUCUCUCCAUACAACCAUGUUGACUACCUCUCCAAUUAAGUCGAUUCUUCACCUACCUCUACGCGUUUUGCUGUUAAUCCUCGACUCGGAUGUCUUAUCGUACCAAGACAUCCUGGCAUGCAAACAGGUUUGCAAACUGCUUCGACGCAUCAUUGAUGGAACACCGUCCCUCCAGUAUAAAAUACUACUUGCAGCCACCGGCAUGGACGACAUGAAGACGUACUCGCUCAGCGCUGCCAAAAAGCUCGCGAAACUCAGACAGUACGAAGCAGCCUGGGCUGACCUAUUUUCACCUCGACCCUACAAAUCUUCCAUACCAAUACUGGGCGAGCCUGGUUGGGAGUUCUUUGGUGGCGUAUUUGCCCAGUUCCUCGACGAACAUACCAUUCAGUUCAUACGUCCGCGGUUCCACAUUAGAGGCGUGAAAGAAGACAUGUGGGCCCUCUCUCUAUCGUUGAGCUUGAGUUCCUUCUAUAUGGAUCCCUAUCAAGACUUACUCAUGGUUGUCGUGUGCGACGAGGGGCUUCAUUGUCUGCAUCUACUCGAUAUACACACAGGUUCAAAACAUGCUUUGGCGAAGAUGCAACGUUUGCUGAUUCCCGCCGACGAAGACGCCGAUUUUGAGAUUAAUAGUUUUGGCAACAAGGUGGUUAUGUUAAUACGAUGGGAGGAGGAGGAACUUCCGCGUUCUAGACUUGCCAUUUGGGACUGGCAGUUGGGUAUUCCAAUCUUGGUAAGAGUUAUCUAUUGUUUGCUGCGCCACUCAUAUGUAUCUGCCCUUCAGAUAUAUGACAACUCACCUGACCUUGAUGGUAAGAUCGGUACCGACUAUGUGACAUUCACAUUCCUGGACUCGGAUAGGAUCGUGUUCAGUGUUUGUGAUUACACCCCGAGGAGAGGAUUUCAGAACGGCCGACUUGUCGUGAUUGACCUUGCGCUGGGAAGUCAUGCAUUUUCCGAUGCCCUGACUUUUCAACUUCCAGAGCUAGCCGACGAUUGCCGCAUUUCAGAACUGACCCUGUUUCGUAAAUGUUCAUUAGCCACGCCUGCCGCCGGAACAUGCAGAGUUCCAUUCCGGGGAUCGCAGGAAAAGGCUGCGAUAUUCAUUCACUAUAGUAUCAGCAAUGUCUCUACCGGAGAAGCCGAAGUGAUAACAAUCGUCCUUCCGACCUGCAAGCUCCUUUUCCUGUGCGACGAGUAUGGUAGCGCUUCUGCUUCUCAAGAUGUCCCUCGCGCCGUUCUUUGGGAUCUAUGGGGUCCUAAAAACACCCGAGCUUUAGUCAACCUCGAUGCCGAAUAUCAAGCAGUCUUCGGUACUCGACUGCUCUGCGUGCAAGACGACUACGUCACUCUGUAUGACUUCAAUCACCUUGGGGCACUUUCUGACCUUACGCUUUCUCUCACGCGGUGUAUGGGUGAAGACGAUGACUGCGACCCGUUGAAAUUGGCAACUCAGUUUAAGUCACCGUCGACGAUCAAGUCGAAAAUGCUUGCGCAGGAGCUAACAACUACUCUCCCUUAUCGCGUGCUCUCAACGGGAAUGAUGUAUGAUGAAAGCCACACUCUCAUGUUCAGCGAGGAUACAGUUAUCAUCAUGAAUGAUACCAACAAAGAGAAUGUCGUCUAUUCCAUCUAGUAGCAUGAACGUCGAGUAUCUAACAUGCGCUCUCAUAUAUUUUCGUCUUGUCUAUCCCCCACCAUGAUUCCACCAGUAUCGACACCAUUGUACAUAAGACUCCUUACAGACUCUCCAAUUGCACUGUGAUUUAUGGAUAUAAAUUUUAAAUGCCGUCCUGUCGCACGAAAACCCGCGUUUUAUUUUUAUCUCUUUCCCCCGACGCGAUUCACGAUACCACACAUUAACAUUCUGGUCCAGAGUUGGCAUGAGUGGUCUCCUCUGUACACUUUUGGAGUCUCAGAAGGAAAUGGUUAUCGUUGGAACAGGGCUUCUGAUGCUCUUACUCCGCCCAAACAUCGUGAAUGAAGAUAGGGAGAUAUGAUCAAGCAAUGGAUCAUCCACCCUAGCUCAAGCAUGGAAGCAUACAUGCUCAAUCUAAACGGACCCGAAUGUCCUUGAGAGCAGUGAUCACGGAUACACAC